GCUGCUGAACGCGCGUUCUCUCUCAUCUUCUCUCCCGCUCUCUGCCGUUUUCUUCCUCGAUCUCACUUGUUUGCCCUGCCUUCCGUUCCCUUUCUUUCUCCCGCCGUCGCUGCCCCUACCGCCUCGAUUUCGGCAGCCUUCGUUUCUCGAACCCUCAAAAGAAAAUGGAUCCACCGCUGACAUUUGACAAGAGCAAAUUUGAUGUGAAACUUCAACUGUUUGCACUGAGAAUUCCUCGUGAGCAAUGCGUCAAUGUUGGUCGGGCUUUAAAAGGGUAUCUGAUAGAGAAGGAUCGGAUAAAACCUAUAGCACAAGAUCCAUCAUGUGAAAAAAACCGCUUGAUGAUCUUGUCAGAAGAGGUUCAGGAUUCUGAGCUGCUUGAAAUCCCUGGGGAAAAGCUGGAUGCUGUGAGGAAGAUAUGCAAAUUUGAAGUCAUUCCGUACUCAAUGACACUUGGAUAUUCUUACUGGGGUGCUGAUCAAAUACUAAAACAGAUAUUACCUCCUGGAGUAGAAGUUCCUUCUUCUUUUGAAACAAUAGGCCAUAUUGCACAUCUAAACAUUCCUGGUGAACUUCUUCCUUUCAAAGAGAUCAUUGCAAAAGUUAUCUAUGAUAAAAACCAGCCGAGAAUCAGAACUGUUGUGAAUAAAGUUGGAACCAUUACAAAUGAGUUCAGAGUGCCAAAGUUUGAAAUCUUAGCAGGAACAGAUGACUUGGUUACAGAAAUAAAGCAGUAUGGGGCCCGAUUCAAGCUGGAUUAUGGCUCUGUUUAUUGGAACUCAAGGCUGGAGCAUGAACAUGUACGCCUCAUUUCAAAAUUUUCCCCUGGAGAAACCAUCUGUGAUAUGUUUGCUGGAGUUGGGCCCUUUGCUAUCCCUGCUGCACAAAAAGGGUGUAUUGUAUAUGCUAAUGACUUAAACCCUACCAGUGUAGAUUACCUGCAAAUGAAUGCUGUUCUGAAUCAAGUGGGUUCACAUAUUCAUGUGUAUAACAUGGAUGCGAGAAUUUUCAUCCGCCAUUUAGUGUCUCCUGCUUACAAAGAAAAUGCAGACAAGGAUGCUGUUGCUGGUAGUGCUGAUGGAGCAAGUGCCCAGGAAACCAUUGGAGAAUAUUCUGACCGUCAAGGAGCUGUGAAAGGAGCAUCAUCAAAUGGUAAUUGUAGAGAUGACAAGAAUGAGGUGGAAACGAAUCUCCAUAGAUCAGAAGAUUCAGAUGUGAGAACUGCUUUUGGGUCUGGAAAGAGAAGAAGGAAGGAAGCUCCUAAGAAAAAGAUGGAAGGAUUUAAAGUUCCUAGUUCUAAACCCUGGGAACAUAUUGAUCAUAUCGUAAUGAAUUUACCAGCCUCUGCUCUGCAGUUUCUAGAUGUCUUCAACGGGCUCUUUCAAAGGAGGUACUGGACUGGAUUAUUGCCAUGGGUUCAUUGUUACUGUUUCUUGCGCUCAAGUCAAACUGAAGAAUCAAUUUUAUCUGAUGCUGAAACUGCUUUGGGAGGUCGAAUACAAGAUCCAAUCAUCCAUAGGGUUAGGGAUGUGGCCCCAAAUAAGGAGAUGAUAUGUCUAAGCUUUAGGUUACAGGGAGAAACGUGCUUCCAAGAGGAUGAGACUGACCAGCGUGCCUGAAUUGUAGUGAAGUGGCUAUUUAAUCAAUUUUCUAUUGCUUGUAAAUCUAACUUACUAAGUCUCAGUAAACACCUUGGUUCCGUGUUCCAUUUACGGAUAUUUUAACUUAGUUGCUUUCAGAUUAAGAAAUCAGAAAUAUGUUAUAUGUA